AGAGAGAGCGAGAGAGAGAGAGAGAGAGAGAAGAUGGAAAGCUCUUCGGCAAUGGUGCCAUUUCCAUUGCUGACGACUCCGAUCGAAUCGAAUUACAGAGCUUGCACCAUCCCUUACAGAUUCGAUUCCGACAAUCCGCGGAAGGCGACUCCCACCGAAAUCUCCUGGAUCAAUCUCUUUUUGAAUUCCGUGCCGUCUUUCAGGCAACGAGCAGAGAGUGAUACGACAGUUGUUGAUGCUCCUAUUAAAGCUGAAAAGUUCGCUGAAAGGUACACAGCAAUACUUGAGGACUUGAAAAAAGAUCCUCAGAGUCAUGGUGGACCGCCAGAUUGCAUUCUUCUUUGCAGGCUUCGUGAGCAAAUCCUUCGAGAGUUGGGAUUCAAGGAUAUAUUUAAGAAAGUUAAGGAUGACGAAAAUGCCAAAGCUAUUUCGCUAUUUGAGGAGGUUGUCCGGCUUAAUGAUGCCAUUGAAGAUGAUGGCAAGCGUAUGGAAAACUUGAUUAGAGGAAUACUUGCUGGCAACAUUUUUGACUUGGGAUCUGCACAGCUUGCAGAAGUAUUCGCGAAGGAUGGAAUGUCCUUUCUAGCAAGUUGCCAGAGCCUUGUGCCUCGACCCUGGGUUAUUGAUGACUUGGACUACUUUAAAAUGAAGUGGAGUAGAAAGUCUUGGAAGAAGGCUGUCAUUUUUGUUGAUAAUUCUGGUGCGGAUAUCAUAUUGGGUAUAUUGCCUUUUGCAAGAGAGUUACUUCGACGUGGUACACAGGUGGUUCUAGCAGCCAAUGACCUUCCAUCUAUCAAUGACGUAACGUAUCCUGAACUGAUUGAGAUUUUAAAGAAGUUGAAGGAUGAAAACGGGAAGCUCAGUGGUGCCGAUGCAUCUGGCCUCCUGAUUGCCAAUUCUGGUAAUGAUCUGCCGGUCAUCGAUCUCACAAGUGUGUCACAAGAGCUGGCGUACCUAGCAAGUGAUGCAGACCUAGUUGUCUUGGAGGGAAUGGGACGUGGAAUAGAGACAAAUCUCUAUGCUAAACUAAAAUGUGAUUCUGUCAAGAUUGGGAUGGUGAAGCAUCCCGAGGUUGCUCAGUUCUUGGGAGGGAGGCUGUAUGAUUGUGUUUUCAAGUACAACGAAUCGAUAAAUGGCUAAGGCAGCCUCUUCUCUUCUUUUGAUUUUUUUUUUUUUUUGGUUUUUCCUUAUAUCUCAUUGGUCAUCAUGUAAAACCUCCACUUCCAAGUUCAAACCAUAUACAUAUAAUUUUUUGGAGUUAGAUGUAAAAGUAACGAAAUUCUACUGCAGCUUCUACGUGAGAAACCAUGUGAAGAAAGUGUAGUUUUGCUUUCAAUAAUCAAUAGGGAAAUUGAAUGUGUUACGACACACCCCAAAGCUAUCGCUGUGUAAUCUGCAAAUAAGCGGCCUCAACUCAGAAACAUGGUAGCUGGUGUGGCUCACCGUAUUUGUAAGGCUGUCAUGGAUAAUUAUUGAUAUUUGUGCGCAAUUUCUGAUUAUUAUUUUCCUCUCA